CGACUGUCGUGCUCGAGCCAGGUGAUUUCAAGGGAUCGUGCGAGGCCAAUCGAUCGAGCCAGUCUUUUCUUUUGCCCCUCUGACCACUAGCAACAACAAGACUACGUCGGACCCACGACGAGCGUCUCGGCCGCCAUGAGCGAAGCGUCGCUCCUCGAGAGGCUAGAUUCGAUACCGCAGAUCAAGGCUUUCGAUGCCUUUCCCAAAGUGCAACGCACGUACGCAACGAGGUCCUCGAGAGGUGGCAUCUUCACCCUCGUAGUCUCUGCAGUCCUACUCUACCUCACCUGGUACGAGCUGGGUGCUUACCUCUAUGGCCAUCCGACGGCGACAUUCGGCAUCGAUCAUAGCUUGUCGCCGGACAUGCAGGUCAAUGUCGACCUGACAGUGGCCAUGAAGUGUCAUUACCUCACUGUUGACGUUAGAGAUGCUGUUGGUGACCGUGUACACUUCUCUGACUCGGAUAUCACCAAGGACGAGACUUCCUUCGAGGUCGGCCACGCCAAUCGACUCGACUCUAUUCCUCUGCCGGAUCGUCACAUUGGCCAUCUUGUCGACGCUGCUCGCCACAUGCAUAUGCCGACAUUCUCACGCAAGUCGAAGCCGAAGCGCAAAGCAAAAGGCUACGGCGGCCGCCAAGUCGCCUUCGCCCCUACAGAGCAUAUCGUCAAGAAUGGCGACGCCUGUCGCAUCUACGGAUCCGUCCUUCUGAAAAAAGUCACCUCGAAUCUCCACAUCUCCACACUUGGCCACGGCUACUUCAGCUUCGAGCACACUCCCCAUGAGCUCAUGAAUCUCUCGCACGUAGUCCAUGAGCUCUCCUUCGGCCCUUAUUUCCCAGAUAUCGCACAACCCCUGGAUCACAGCGUGGAGAUCAGUAAGGACCACUUCUCCAUCUUUCAAUACUUUGUCAACAUCGUCCCCACGCGAUAUACAGAUGGCGGAGGGAGGACGAUCCAGACGAACCAGUACAGUGUGACAGACUAUGUUCGCACUGUGCAGCAUGGGAUGGGGGUGCCGGGCAUCUUCCUCAAGUUCGAUGUGGAACCACUUGCCCUGUCCAUGAAGCAACGUACGGCGACCCUCACGCAAUUCCUCGUACGACUUGCGGGCAUCUUGGGCGGGGUGUGGGUCUGUGCCGGCUACACGCUCAGAGCGGGCGACAGGGCUGUGAGGACAGCCGCCAAGAUCUACCGUGGAGGAGAGGAAGAUGACCGCUUCGGUGGCGGGGACAAUACAGUAGACCACUACGCGUUUACGUCGGCGUACAACACGGGAAGAGAGCGGGGUGGCAGUGGGGCGAACCGAGGAUGGAAGGGCAUGGCAAGAUCGCACAGCUCGCGGUUCAGCUACUCGGAGGUGUACAACCCCGCGGGUGCUUCCUCGCCUUAUGGUGCGUCAAGAGGAGGAGCGAGUAGAGAUGGUGGGACAACAGGGGACACGUCCAUCUCGAUGAUGAGUGACGCAAGCUUCGCUUCAGUCUCUGCGGGCUUCAAUGCGGCAAGGGAGAAGGCAGGGCAGGCUUGGCAGGCCAUCAGCCCGAAUCGUCACCGUAAAAACGAGUCGCUGGCCACGAAGAUCAUGAGCGAGGAGGGGAGGGGUUCGCUUUGAUGUGUAGCGCGCAUGCUGGUCGCUGUGGCUGCGAAGGCG